AUGCCACCUGAUCCACAGGAGCGUCGACGGCGUCGCAAGAUUGCUCUGGCCUGUGAGCCGUGUCGAGAGCGUAAAGCCCGUUGUGAUGGCGGCAAGCCCAUUUGCUCAACGUGCCAGCGCAGGUCGCUGGACCUAGAGCACUGCGUCUACAAGACGGGGAAUGCGAGGACUGCAUGUAGUGAUGACUACACCAAGACCCUUCAUGAGCGCAUCCGCAAGCUGGAGCAAGCCUGCGCAUCUCACGGCAUUGACAUCAACACACUGGAGGCAACUGAACAAUACAGUCGGGUUCCGCUAGAAGGGCGGUUCUCUCCAGUUCACGACUCCAGCCCGUUGGAAGCCCCAGGAAUCAUGGACCAGCAGCCAGUCCAGCUCCCAUCGCCAUGUUCCGGCGUCGGCAUCGGCGUCGGCGUCGAUCACUCCUGCGACGCUAGAAGUGUGACAGCUAUGGGUACCAUAUUCGCUGAAGACAACCUCGAUGACUCCCUCGACAACGUGGAUAAUGAUUUCUAUGGCAGCUCCUCGGCUGUGUCGUUCCUAAGAGAAACCCUCAAGGAAGCCUACAGCGCGAUGAAUCCUCUUCCGUCGAGAGUCGAACCAUCUGUCCUAUUCAAGGAUCACCAACAGACCGCGCUUGUUCCCGAUCGAUCCCCAUUCGCCGACUUCAACAAGUUCCUCCUUCCGCCCCGGCCUUUUGCCGACCAUCUCAUUCAAGUCUACUUUCGCCGAAUACACUACCUCUACCCAGUCUUCCACAGACCAGCUUUCGAGCAUGCGUAUGAGACCCUCUGGCGGCCUUCCACGGCUGUGGAUGAUGCUGCUGCUGCCUCGAAUCCUUUCCACGGCGUCGGCCUGGGGUGUUCCCCCGGUGCGGACUCCCAGACUAUUGUUUUCCACGCGGCGCUCAACUCAGUGUUUGCCCUCGCGUGCAACCACGCGGACUUGACGCCGCCCGAGAAGGCCAAGGGCGUCGAGGUUUUCAUACUCCGGAGCAGGCAGUACUUUAGUGUUGAUCUGCUGGAGAAGAACAACCUCGGCGUUGUGCAAACGUUGCUGUUGUGUGGUCUCGUGAUGCAGGGGACGCCUUUUCCGGACCGAUGCUGGAACGCCAUCGGAGCAGCGUGCCGCAUUGCCCAAGGACUUGGUCUUCACAUGGAAGCGUCUCGUGAGCCUGGGAACGCCACGCUGGAGAAGGAGAUUCGGCGGCGGACUUGGCAUGGAUGCGUCAUCCUGGAUGCGCUCGUGAGCAUGACAUUUGGCCGCCCCACCGCGGCCGCUUGUUUUUUUGCAGACGAUCCAUUGCCCCAACCACAGUCUGUGACGGAAACAGACUUCGAGAAAGUAAGACUACAGUUCAGCUCGCAAAGCCUCAAGUUGAGCCUUUUGCUUGACGACAUACUGUGGAGGAUGUACCAACCAUGGCAUAAUCGCCACCAAGACGGAAGACUACGUGGUUCCACAACAGACGGGACUCCAAGCCUCGACGCCAUCGUCGAGCUCGAUGCUCAGCUAGAUGACUUCGAGAGAUCAGUACCGCACUUCUUAUCAUGGCUUUCUUCCUCGCCGUCUGAAGGCACAGCGGCAGAAGAGCAACAGACCAUUGCAAUCCAGAAGAACGUGCUUUACGCCAGGUUUCUAUAUGUGCGUCUCAUACUUCACAGGCCGGUUCUGACCAAACUCUUGGCCGGCUUCGCUAGACCUCGCCAGGAACUUGAUGCCGGCGAGCCUACACCAAGGAAUUUCCUUAAUAAGGGUCUUAGAGCCCCUUUCACUACCGAGUGCGCUAGAGUAUGCGUAGACGCAGCCUCUCGGCUCAUCGCCUUGGUAGAUUCUUCAUGCAAGGCAGACACGACAGGAGCAUGGUGGUGGAACAGCUUGUAUGCCUGUGCCGCUGGUUUAGUUCUCAUCAUCUGUCGCAUGUACCCACCCCUUUGGGCACGACUAGAUCACACGGCCAUCGCGGCCUCCUGGGAGAAAUGCCAGGGAAUCCUGGAUAGCAUUGCCAAUGUCAGCGUCUCUGCUCGCAAGUCGCUGGACCUACUCCGCAAGAUUGAUGGCGCUGUCAAAAAACUACUGACAGUGAGAGGAACACUACUGUUUGAGGAACAGUUGGAACCCGGUCUCUAUGCCGACAUGACGGGGGGCUAUUUCUUUUCAGGCGACAUUGAUGUGUCGAACUUUUUGGACCCCGACCCCAUGUCUAUCUUUCGCGGGUGGGAGAUGGCAGACGACGAGUCUAUAAACCCGUGA